AUGCAAGGAUGCUGGGCUCUCUCGCAGGACGCCACUGGACGAGGACCGCAUUCAAAUGCCGCAGCAAUGCAACGACAGUCGAGGGACCCGAAAUCCAGCAAUCCACUAUCUCACUACACUGGAAGAAUUGUUGGAGAUGGGUCAGCCAAGCCUCCAAAAUAA